AUGGUUCUCCGAUCAGUGCUUUUCACCACUAUACGCUCAGACCGCGACCGACGGGACGCAUUUAAUGUCAUCCGGCUACAAUAUCACCCUCAGCCACCAUCACCCAUCAACCACCAUCAGCCACCAUCAACCACCAUCUCCCACCAUCCCCCAUCAGCCCCCAUCACCCACCAUCACCCACUAUCCCCCACCAUCUCCCACCCUCACCCACCAUCACCCACCAUCAGCCACUAUCCCCCACCAUCAGCCACCAUCUCCCACCAUCCCCCAUCAGCCCCCAUCACCCACCAUCCCCCACCAUCAGCCACCAUCUCCCACCAUCCCCCAUCAGCCCCCAUCACCCACCAUCACCCACUAUCCCCCACCAUCUCCCACCCUCACCCACCCUCACCCACCAUCUCCCACCAUCCCCCAUCAGCCCCCAUCACCCACCAUCACCCACUAUCCCCCACCAUCUCCCACCCUCAGCCACCAUCACCCACCAUCACCCACCAUCAGCCACCAUCUCCCACCAUCCCCCAUCAGCCCCCAUCACCCACUAUCCCCCACCAUCUCCCACCCUCAGCCACCAUCACCCACCAUCUCCCACCAUCCCCCAUCAGCCCCCAUCACCCACCAUCACCCACUAUCCCCCCACCAUCUCCCACCCUCAGCCACCCUCACCCACCAUCUCCCACCAUCCCCCAUCAGCCCCCAUCACCCACCAUCACCCACUAUCCCCCACCAUCUCCCACCCUCAGCCACCCUCACCCACCAUCACCCACCAUCACCCACCAUCACCCACCAUCAGCCACCAUCUCCCACCAUCAGCCACCAUCAGCCACCAUCACCCACCAUCCCCCAUCACCCACCAUCACCCACCAUUCCCCAUCAGCCCCCAUCUCCCACCCUCAGCCACCAUCACCCACCAUCCCCCAUCAGCCCCCAUCACCCACUAUCCCCCACCAUCUCCCACCCUCAGCCACCCUCACCCACCAUCACCCACCAUCACCCACCAUCACCCACUAUCCCCCACCAUCUCCCACCCUCAGCCACCCUCACCCACCAUCACCCACCAUCACCCACCAUCACCCACCAUCAGCCACCAUCUCCCACCAUCAGCCACCAUCACCCACCAUCACCCACCAUCCCCCAUCACCCACCAUCACCCACCAUUCCCCAUCAGCCCCCAUCUCCCACCCUCAGCCACCAUCACCCACCAUCCCCCAUCAGCCCCCAUCACCCACCAUCACCCACCAUCCCCCAUCAGCCCCCAUCACCCACCAUCACCCACCAUCCCCCACCAUCUCCCACCCUCAGCCACCAUCCCCCAUCAGCCCCCAUCACCCCCAUCACCCACUAUCCCCCACCAUCUCCCACCCUCAGCCACCAUCACCCACCAUCCCCCAUCAGCCACCAUCACCCACCCUCAGCCACCAUCAACCACCAUCAUCCACCAUCCCCCACCAUCCCCCACCAUCAGCCCCCAUCACCCACCAUCACCCACUAUCCCCUACCAUCUCCCACCAUCAGCCACCCUCAGCCACCAUCACCCACCAUCAGCCACCAUCAGCCACCAUCCCCCCACCAUCACCCACCAUCCCCCCACCAUCACCCACCAUCACCCACCCUCAGCCACCAUCCCCCCACCAUCCCCCACCAUCAGCCACCAUCACCUACCACCCCCCCACCGUCAGCCACCGUCAGCCACCGUCAGCCACCAUCCACCCACCAUCAGCCACCAUCAGCCACCAUCCACCCACCAUCAGCCACCAUCAGCCACCAUCCCCCCACCAUCAGCCACCAUCAGCUACCGUCAGCCCCGCUGCCCACAAAUGA